CAGCGCGAACUCUUUGUUUGUGAAUCCACACCAACUUCCGGAGAACGAUCGUCUUGCCGGAAAAAGAAAGAGAAAAAAAAGGAAAGAGAAAGGAAAAAACAGAAGUGCUAACGAAGCAGAUCAGUCAAAACAUAAACACUGCGGGCACGACCAAAAACGUGACCUAAAACUGCGGUGUUUUUUGGAUCGCCCGUGCGUGAGUGUGUCGAGGCGCGUCUCACUAAUGUGUCGAGCUUCAGUUUGCGCGUGACUCGAAGGUGAAGAAGGAAAAUCUGCGCAGAGGAUUAACAAGUGCGGAGACUUUGGGCCUACAGCAGAGGGUCUCUUCUGUUAGGAGAGACAGUCAGACAGAAUGAGCGAUACAGAUGGUAAAUCCAGUGUCCCAAAUGGUGGUUCUGAUGAUCCAGAACCUGGAGAAGGAAGAGGAGAGGCAGAUACAUCUGCAGCGCCAGAGACCCAGACCAGUCCUGAGUCAGCAAAUUUGAGUUCAGUCCCAGGGGGCAGUGAGGGUGGUCAGGACGGGCCCAUGGCAGACUCUGAGCAGAAGCAGGGGCCGGGAGAAGAGGAGGACACUGACAGCAUGGAUGGCAGUGGGCUGUACUCUCUCACUGAAGAAGGAGAGAGAGAGAGCGAGGGAGGAGGGAGGGGAAAAGAUGAAGGUAAGAGAUCCGCCAGGAAGAGGAAUCGACCCAGCGGCGGAGCCACACGUCACUCUUCCAGUUCAGACGACGACGAUGAUGAUGAAGACGAAGAGGAGGAGGACGUGGAGGAAGAAGACGAGCAAGCCAUGGAAGCGUGGCUGGGAGCAGACCUGUGCGACCUGAGUCGUCCUUCAUGGUGCGCGGUCCCCUCGCUGCGUGCCCGGGAGAUCGGCCGCGAUUCGCACCAGUUUGUGAGGAGGGUGUGCGGGGCGCGGGGUCUGGUGCAGAGGCUGGAGCUGCAGGGCCGUCUGGAGAGACACACAGGCUGCGUGAACACCCUCCACUUUAACCCCUCCGGCACCCGUCUGGCUUCCGGCAGCGAUGACCUCCGCGUGGUGAUCUGGGACUGGGCUCGCAGAAAGGCGGAGCUGGAGUUUGACAGCGGACAUAAGAGCAAUGUCUUCCAGGCAAAGUUCCUCCCACACAGCGGUGACUCCACAUUGGCCAUGUGUGCCAGAGAUGGACAGAUCAGAGUGGCGGAGCUUUCUGCCACACAGCGUUGCAAGAACACCAAAAGAGUGGCCCAGCACAAAGGAGCAGCUCAUAAGCUUGCACUGGAGCCAGACUCUCCCUGCUCUUUCCUCUCCGCUGGUGAAGACGCAGUGGUGUUCGGCAUUGACCUGCGUUUAGACAGACCUGCCAACAAACUGGUGGUGGUGAAGGAGGGUGAAAAGAAGGUUGGGCUGUAUACCAUUUUCGUGAACCCAGCCAACACGCAUCAAUUUGCUGUGGGUGGUAGAGACCAGUAUGUCAGGAUCUAUGACCAGAGAAAGAUAAAUGAACACGAUAAUAAUGGCGUUCUAAAGAAGUUUUGUCCCUCUCACUUGGUGUCCAGCGAGUCCAAAACAAAUAUCACCUGUUUAGUGUACAGCCAUGAUGGCACAGAGCUGCUGGCAAGUUACAAUGACGAAGACAUUUACCUUUUCGACUCCAGCCACAGUGAUGGGGCGGAUUACCGCAGGAGAUACAAGGGUCACCGCAACAAUGCUACAGUGAAGGGAGUUAACUUUUAUGGUCCCUGUAGUGAGUUUGUUGUCAGUGGCAGUGACUGUGGACACAUCUACCUGUGGGAUAAGAACUCUGCUCGUGUGGUUCAGUUUAUGGAGGGAGACCGGGGAGGAGUGGUGAACUGUCUGGAGCCACAUCCUCAUCUUCCAGGUUUAGCCACCAGUGGUUUGGACCAUGAUGUGAAGCUGUGGGCACCCACUGCUGAGAAUCCCACAGCACUAAAGGGACUUAAAGAGGUAAUGAAGAAGAACAAACGAGAACGUGAUGAAGACAGUGUUCGCCAUGGUGACCAGUAUGACACACAGCUCCUCUGGUUCCUGAUGAGACACAUGAGAAACCGAAGACCUCAGCGGGCCCGGCGAGGGGAGGGAGGAGAGGGCGACACAGACGAAUCCUGGAGCUCGCCUGAUUCCUCUGAUGAAGAAGAUGGAGGGCCAGACCAUGUGCAAUGCAUGUCCUCCUGAGCCACACACCUACACACAUGCUCUUUGCCAUAUAUUUAAGCACAUACAUACUAGUAACACACUGGUACACAAACAGACACUGAAAGGCCAGCAGCAAACCCACACACAGCUUUAUAUAUACAUACACACAGUGUGAGGGAGAGGGAAACGAUUGUCAAAAUCUGUCUUUAUGCUCCACACAAACACACACAGACAUCACUUAGGGGAAGAACUGAUACUGAGAUACAUAUUUUUUUUGAUACAUUUGCAACCACACAUGCAAUUAACCACUGAUUUUAUGCGAGCAUGGACACGGGCGCCUUUCAUUCCCAGUUUUACAUGGAAGACCACAGCCGACGAUCGAGAAAUAUGCUGCCUUAGUUUACCAACGACUACGAAUCUUUAGAAGCAGCGUUUUGUAGAAGAGGACAUUUCUCGUGUGUGCUGUAGCAAACAUGCCCACUUUAGGUUUUUCUUUCGCAGCGAUGUGACGGGACGGCGCGGACACUCAAAGCCAGUCCUUCCGCAGAUUACCGGGACGAUGAGUGUUACUUAUUCAAAACAAACCAGCACCAUCCUUCACUGGCCUCAUCAGUUUUCUCCAGUGAUCUGAACUGCGUCUGUCUCCAAAGCGAGACUGAGCUGACGUUUGUUAUUUUCGGACUGCAAUCUUUGUCUUUUCAUCGCAUUGAUAGACUGUCAUCGGCGUCUGGCCGUCCAAUCCUUCUUGUCUUUGUUCUCUUCUCCUGUGUGUGUGUGUGCGCGUGUGUGUGUGUGUUUGCCGAAGCCAGGCACAGCAAAUUUUGCUCUCUUAGAUCUGACUGAAGACACAGAAGAUGAGCCAGAGCUACUUAAUCUGGUUUUAGAGCUUUCCGUUCCUCUCUCCCAUGCUACUGAGUGCACUUUAAUCAGGGAUCUGCUUUGAGUUUCGAAUCUCUAAGACGAGUGUGCGCUUAGGGGGCAUGCAAUACUUGGAUUAAAUGUGUUUAUUUUGCUAAUUUAGUUUUUUUUUUUUUUGCCCUGCAAUUCCCCAAACUUAUUGUGGACUUUUAAAUCGAACACAGAGAUUUGACACCAGCUCUUUGGUUUUUUUGGAUUUGCACUUGGGUGGAGAUAUUUGAUGAAGAAAUUCCAAAAGCCUAUACUAAAAAUGUAAGUCUCCAUGGACUGCCGUCAUCUUCUCAGCCCUGUCCCGUAGAAAUCGAGAGCAAAGAUGAUGAUUUGUUGAAUCCUUGUAUCUUCCUCUGUCUUUUGUUUGAAUACACACAUCCUCGAGAUCUUUGCCUGACUAGAUGGUAAGGAUCAAAUGUAGCAGGAUGAAGCAGAAGGCUAAGCCCUCUCGCAACCCAUUUUUCAUAAAAAUGGCGGCUGUUCUUUGUCAGUAUUUGGAUUCAGCUGGUUAAGAGCAAACAUGGGUGGACUGUGACCUGUUGCAACUUGCAUGUUGAACAGAAUGAUGGGUCAGUGGCAGGGGAUGCAAAGCACUUGUGGGGGUAUGAAGCUUGAAUUACUUUGCCCCCUUUUUCCUUCUUCUUUUGUGAGGGGAAUAAAGUCUCAACUUUUCUCUUUUUGUAUGAGAAGAAUAACUUAAAUGACUAUAUGUAUAUACAAAUAUAUAAAGAUAUUAUAUAUAUAUAUAUAAAUAUUAAAUACCUGUAAAAAUUAUCUUCAACCAUUACUCUUUCAAAGGGUGUCUAAAUUUAAUUGGUAUUGAUGCAGAGGUUUAUAUUGUAUAAGACAAAAUACUUUUAAAUGAAUGAAACAUUGGAUAUAUUUUUUUUUCUUCUUCUUACAACCUUAAUUGUCACUGAAGUUAAAAGCAUUAAUGUUCAUUUUCUCAUUCUCACUUGUCUGCUCAAAAUGUCUGUCCUAUCACUGGCAUGUAUGUUUCUCUUCUUUUUUUCCCUUCUUUUUUUAGGGUUUGAUCUGAGUUAUCCCACCGCUGCCUAAUAUUGUGUUCUUUCAGUUCAGUUCAGUCAACAUGUACAAUUUGUGCAGUAAAAAAAAAGAGAGAAAAA